UCUCAACCAAUUGUGUCUUUGGCUAGCGAUCAUUAAGAUUGCCAGGGAUUGAUUCAUCAGUGUACCGGAGUUACGUACUUUGACCAACCAUGCAAAAUGGCAACACCAUCCCUUUGGGAGCGGGGAGUGCCUUGUGCAUCAGAGGUACAGCGAUGGAGGAGUGCAUGGACUUGCCCCCCGGCUUCAGAUUCCACCCCACGGACGAAGAGAUCAUAACCCACUACCUUUCACCCAAGGUCGUCGACCAUGGCUUCUCUGCAAGAGCCAUAGGGGACGUGGAUUUGAACAGGUGCGAGCCGUGGGAUCUUCCAGGCAGGGCAAAGAUGGGAGCGAAAGAAUGGUACUUCUUCUGCCAAAGGGACAGGAAGUACCCGACCGGCACGAGGACCAACAGAGCCACCGAGGCCGGCUUUUGGAAAGCCACGGGAAAAGAUAAGGAGAUCUUUAAGGGGAGAGGAGUUCUCGUGGGCAUGAAGAAGACCCUUGUGUUCUACAGAGGAAGGGCUCCCAAAGGAGAGAAGACCAGCUGGGUGAUGCAUGAGUACAGGCUCGAAGGCACUUCAUGUCUCUCCCAUCUCCCCAAGUAUGCGAAGGACGACUGGGUUGUGUGCAGGAUUCUCCACAAGGAUGUGGUGCCUGUCUUGGACAGGAUCAAGUCUUUUGGAAACGAUCCUUUCAUCGAUCCCCUCUACGGUUGUGCAACAAGGCCCGGUUCAAGUUUCAGCAGCAAAGAGGAGAGCUUCGACUUCAGGAAUAUUCCGGCAAGCUUCUCAUCUAUGAUGGGCAUGGAGAACCAACAGGUGAUGAGCCAUCAAGUUCCUACGAAUCCACCCGCGAAUCCUGCGUUCUUCGCACCGGCCCCUCCUCAGAGCUCCUGCUACUUGAACUAUCUGCACCGAGAGGACGAAGCAUUGAUGCUGAGAGCUUUUGCAGCCACGGGAACUGAUGCGCCGUGUGCCAUCAGGAGGCUUUACAACAUGGAGCAGUGCUCAAACCACUCGGUGGGCUGCCCUUCUCAGGAAACGGGGCUGAGCACCGACCACAACACGGAGAUCUCCUCGGUGGCUUCGAGGGUGUACGACGACCUCGAUGUCCCUUCCUCGACUCGACCAGUUCUCGAUCUGGAGAACAUUUGGAAGUACUGAUGCAACUGAGAUUAAUGCAUCUCGAUUGAUCGCUCCACCAUCAUGCAGAGAGAUCAAAACUCAUUCUGAGGGAACGAGAAUUGUGAGGACUGAUGUAAAAGCAUCGAUUCUUUUGUUGGAGCCAUCGAACAUAUGUUAAUUCUGUCAUAUCAACUAUCUGGAAUUCUGUCAUGGAUCAA